UGUGUGUGUCUGUUGUAGCGUAACGUUAGCCUUAAAAGGGACGAACAGUUAGCACGGCUGCUAACCAGUCUUGUAUGUUUGUCGCGGUUUAAAGUAUGAACAACGGGAAUGUUACAGCAGCCCGGAGGAGACGACCAGUGGUUCCCGACAAAGUCGACAUGUCAUUAGAUGACAUCAUUCGGCUGAACAAAAAGGAGCAACAGAUACAAAGGAGACAGGCCCCAGUGAACCGUCGACCAGUCAAGAAGACCCAAGGAAAGGGAGCAUCGAGAACUGUUGGACCCGUCCAGAGAGGAGGUGGCGUGCCCCGAGGAGGAGCUCCUAAAUUAAGAAACAGAAGAGUCCCCCCCCCACCUGGGCGACGACGGGGUCAAGGGGUCAUCACAGGCCUCGCGGCCAGGAGGCCCGCGGCUCUGCUCAAACGAGUCGGCAUGAUCAACAGAGCAGCAGCAGUCAGCCAGAAAACAAGACAGAAAACAAAGCCAUUCAUUCAACGCACCGAAGCCCCGUACAGGAAGCAAGAGGUACAGAGGCGGCCGUACAGGCAGCCGGAUCCUCCGAGAGGACAGAAUGCAACACCGGUCAGGAGACCAUUUCAUCUGCGACGGCGACCACUGCCGCCUGUCCAGCAGACUCGGAGGGAAGCACGCCAGGCAACAUUUCUUUUUCACAGAGGACUCAAGGUCCAGGCCCAGGUGCAGAAGACAAAUCCUCACAGUUCUCCAGUCAGAACUCGGCAGUGGUGCACAUCGACAGCCAGCAGUGGAAUCUUGACCGUUUCAAUUGACAACCCCACAGCCAUGACUCAGCCCGAGCCUCCCUCUGCUUGGACCCUGCACCCCCCAGCAGCCAUCCCUGCUCCGGUGAAGAUGGAAGUAGUGGAGAAGAAAAUACCAAAAGGAGUGCCUCUGCAGUUUGACAUCAACAGUGUUGGGAAACCGCAAACAUCAAUCACCCUGAAUGAGAGAUUCCGCAUCCUAAAAGAUCAGCGCACCACCACAGCACAGAGCGGCAAAGGCAGCCGAUUUGUCACCGUUGGUUAGCCGGCGAUAAAGACCGACGAGUAUUCCUCAGAAGGCUGUUAGUCUGGCUCAGACCCACCCGGUGAACCCCACCUCUCUGAUGGGUGGGGCGACCCUCUGACAACAGUGGGACACAAGUACAACGUGCACAACUGUGAGGCGUGUGUCAAUGGAAGACUUUGUUGUGAGUCCCCAUUCAUUUUCCAUGUUAUUGUACUCUACUGUCUGUAUCGUGGAGGUCCUAUACUGGGAAGGAGGGAGCUUCUUUUUGUUUUUAAUCCCCCUUUGGACUUGGAACUGUUGACGCAUCAUGAACACUGCUUGGGAGUAUUUCUUUUCAGAGAGAACUGCUAUGCAUCGGUUAGGGUAGCACGUAUGUUCUAAAACUUCUUUAGAAUUGUUUUGUAAUGUUUCUUCAAUAAAUGAGUUUCUCUUAAAAGA